UGCUGGUAGGACUGGUGUUUGCUGUUGGCUUUGUAAUACAUGACAUCAGAGCUCAAGGGUCAUUUAAUGGUUCAUCAGUUGCACAAGUUCUUCAGCAGUCUGGAAUGAUGUCCUUUUCUCAACAGGCAUACAAUAAAAUAUCUGUUUAUUCAAACAAAGGAUACAGUUGGCUGGAAACAAAUGCUCCCUAUUACUACUCAGAAAUGGUUAAAACAUUUGGGCCUACUCUAGAAAUGGCUUGGGAGAAGACGAUUGUUACAUCAGCAUACAUCACAGAAAUGUGUGCAGGCCAGAUUGCUUGGAUCAAAGAAAAUGCUCCUAAAUUAAUAGAAUUGCUCAGUGCAAGCAUUCCAGAAUGUGUGGUGAACUUUAUUGAAUAUUUGAAAGUAUUACUUCUGUUCAUACACCAAAACUACCUGCGGCCACUUAUGACAUAUGCUGUAACUUUGAUGGAUGAAAGCUGGCAGACAUUUGUUAAGUCCUGCAAUGGAGAAGUUUCCUGGCUGUGUGUCCAGAAUCAUUUAAUAAACUUUACUGAUUCAAGCUGGAGUUACCUGCAGAACAGAAGCAUUGCUGUGAAAAACUGGGCACUUGACUUGAUCUCCAGACAUUCAAGUGCUUAAGACACUGAAAAAGGACAAUACCAACUCUGCUGCAUUUUGUAAAGAUUCAGAGAAAUUUUCUUAAAAGGGGAGCGAGUGCUUUAAUUCCUUUGAAAUUCCACAUAAUAUUUUAUAAUCUAAGACCACUUUUCUACUUUACAGUUCUUACAGGUGUUUUUUUUUCUUUUUCAUUUUCUUGUUUAAAAGUAUUACAAUAUGAAAAUGCAAAAAUCAGUGUUCUGUUUUAAGCAAUUGCCAAAGCAGGUAUCAUGAGUGAUUCAUUAUUGCCAUCUGCUAAUGGCAGUAAAGAAAAAAAAAAAAAACUAAACUAAAAAAAUAUUGCACUACAACUAUCCAGCUUUUCUGGCUGGGUGUUGAACUGAUCAUUCCUCACUAAUGGCCUCAUUUUAUUAUUUUGAGACUACUGUAUAUGAAACUAAACACAGUCAAGUAGAUUUAGAAGUCAGAGAGAAAAAAACUCACUUCUAAGAAGUCAAAUCAAUAUAGUUAUGGAAUUUAUAUAACAGAAAUCAUUUAAAACAAGUAGGGGGGAAGCAGGAUUAUGUAGUAUAUAAUGUAAUAAAAGAGCUAUUUAAACUAACUGGGACAAGACUAAAUAGAAAACUGUGAAGCUUGUUCUUAAAGCGUUUUAACUAAAUUAAUGUAGCACUGAAACUUGGAAUGUAGAAGUUUUUUUGGUAAGGCAAGAAAUGCUGUUGACCCUGAGAUAGCUAUUUUCAGCAGUUUGCCUUGGCUGAUAUUGCUGAUGGUCAGAACUCGUGUCUUGUGUUCCUGUAUAGAGAAAUGUAAUUGAAUUCAGUGAUCUGAGGUCUAUUGCUACACUGGCUUGUUUCGCUUGCUUUCUCUGAGACUCCGGUAUUGUCUUGAAGAUAGCUAACAAAAUAACUUGUAAGUGGCAAUAAGGACAAGAACAUUAAGGACAUUACAUUUUGGAAGCUAGAAGCAAGCGUGUUGUGCAUUUUCAUGCAGGGUUGCUUGAUGCCUUUAUGCCCAGAUUUCCCAUAUGUAGGCCACUGAAGGCAGGCAGUGUGUUGGUACCUCAAUCUGUACUUGUCUUUGCUUAUUUUCCAGCAUGCGUCAUACAAUAGAUUCAGGAUUUGCACAGGAGUUAUUUCAGCAAUUUAAAAUAACUCUGACUGAGUUCAUCUGUAGUCCUAGGUUAUUCUUCAAUAUGAAGAAAUCCAAAUGGUAUAUCAAAAACAAUUGUGGAACUCGGAUGUUGAAAAGUCAAAAGUGUGUGUGUAUCUGAAAAAAAGUGUCUUGCUCAGGUUUGAACUCUUGUCCAGUGUAUGUUUGUCAUUUUUAGGAGGUUCAUUCUGGAUUUGGGUUGAAUGAUCAUUUAGUACAGUUGUUUUUAACACCUCACCACAUAUUUUUUAUUUAAUCUCUUACUGUGUACAUAUACUGUAUUUUGAAUUACUGGUUGUAUUGCUGCUUCAGACCAUCACCAGGUUGCCAAGGUAGAUAUAGAUUGUAAAUAUUUAACUUACACUAAAAAAUGUAUGUUGAAACCAUCCAGUGAUUUUCAACAUUUGUUGAAUGAAUUUUAAAGUUGACAGCAUAACACAACCAACCCCUUCUCUAUACAUGGUGAAAAUAUUCAGAAAAUCUCAAACUCAGAAUUGCCCCACAUGAUGCGAUGAUCUCAUUUUCUUUGUCUGUGUAUGGCUGAUAUUUCAAAGAUGUACAUCUACUUUGUGUGAAGGUUUUAAAGAAAUGUGUGUUGCCGCCUUGGAUCCUGAUUCUGUCCAUAUGUGUGUUUGUUUUUAUUAAAAUAAAUAAAUAGACAUAUGAGUUAUGUGAUUGUGCAUUCCACACAAAUCUGAACAUAGGCUGUAAACUAGAGAGCCUCCGUUAGCUUUGUUUUAACUUGGAAUAAAAUUUUUCCCUUGUGUGCUUGAA